AAAACAUACUACACUUGGUGUUGUGUAGCAUGGUAAGAAGGGAUAUGCAAUUUAUCGCAGUUCAUUACACUCCCAAGCGGAGUGGUCACCCAGUACACCCAUGAUGGUUAAAUAUCAAAAGGUCGGAGUCGCUGCCAUCGUACUGGUUGAAACCCUGGUGUUUUGCUAUGCACCGGAAAUCACAAAAAGAUUUUCGGUGUAUAAGAAUGCGUGGAUCAACGAUAAGACCUUGAACAAUGCCACAAGUGGUGCACUUUUAUCGCUAGCCCUAACACAUCUACUCCCUGAAGGAUUUGGGAAUGGUGAUAACGGUCUGGUGUUCGGAGGAAUUGAUAUAAGAGGUAUCAUUAUGGGCAUGCCCAUACUACUUCUUGUAACUAUCGACUUCCUAGCAGGACACCAUUGUGGGUCUCAUUCCGUUGUCGAUACGUCAAUCAAAUCGCUAAAUAACAGUGCUAUUCCACAUGUUUUGGAGACUGCUAUAGAGCCCCCGCUAAACUGCAACCUAGAUUUAUCACAAGUCAGUACGGACCAUGACUGCAAACACGACCAUUUGUGCACGAAAGUAAAUCAAUUCACACUAAAGCUCAAGCAGCUGUUUACAUCACGUGCGUUAUACCUCCUAUUGACAUUUUACGGACACUCUGUGCUUGAAGGAGCCCUUUUGGGUACGCAAGACUCUGCCGGGCCGCUUUGGGGUAUGGCCUUUGGUAUUUGUGCCCACAAGUGGGCGGAAUGCUUAGUGUUGAACACUACGGUGACAAACCUUAUUCAGAAUCAGGCGUUUCGUCAUGCCUGCGCAAUCGCAUUUGCACUGUGUGUGCCACUUGGCAUUCUUAUAGGCGCUUUAGCCACAAAGAACUCGCCUGUAGUGAACGCUAUUUUCCAGCUGCUGGCCAUUGGAUUUUUCUUAUACUUAUCCUUCGAGCUACUAACACAUCACAGCUCACAAAUGAGCGGAGUAACUCGAUUUCCCCUUUGGGCAAGCUAUUUGCUAGGAUCCGUACUCAUGGCAGUCAUUCUGGUUGUCGUGGAAAUAGUGGAACAAACUACCCACGAUAAAAAGGAUAAGUGAAUCUGCCAACUACUCUGAUUUGACCAGCAAUGAACAAUACAAUUAAUUGUGGUUGAAACUAGUU